AUGGAAGCUGAAUCUCAACCAGUUUCUACACCAAACAGACACCAGUUACCAUUAAUCGCAGAUGUAAGACCUACGCCGAAACGCAAAAGAACUCCAUCACCUUCUGGCCUUAGUACCUCGCAAGAACCACUAUCCAUAAGCAAGAAACCUCAUACUGAUAGACGUACUUUACCGUUACCAACUUUUACUGCGACUCCAUCCACACCCAUGACGACGCCAAGAUCGAACCCUGAAACACCGAAACCUCAACGUACCAAUACUCGCCGCCGCUUAAGUUUAACCACCUCACCCUCAUCUCCAGCCUGUAAACCACGCCGUCAUAAUAAUGAGAAGGACAAAUCCAAAUGGUCUAUUCCCACACUCACCAAACCAACGGUUAUCAUUGGAUCUUCCAACAUCAGCAACAUCCCGUUCCUACAUCCAGAUACCCAAGCCGAAUCUUACCCUGGUGCCCGAAUUCAGCAUAUCAAUACCUUACUCUCCAAGAUCUCUCCAACAACCAUUCCGAAAAAGGUGUUAUUUCAUGUUGGCCUAAAUAAUAAACAGGAGUCAGGAGAAUCCAUACACAGAAGAAUGCUGGAACUCCUCAAACUUGCCAAGUCGAAAUUUCCGUCUGCUAACCUCUACGCAACACAGAUUCCUUACUCAAAGGAGCUACAAUUAGCUGAACCUCAUUUAGUCAAUAACCUCCAGAAGUUCAACAGUCUAUUAUAUACAUAA